AUGUCGUCGCAGUCUUCUUACUCGAUAGAAGAUGAUUUCAUACGUAAGACUGUUAGAAAAAAAUUGGACGGGUUGAGUGACACAAAUGAGGAUUUCCAACUCUGUUCAUCACCAUCACAUGCAAUCCUCAAUGGCCUGAAAUACAAAGGUUCCUCUCCAGAUGUGUGGACUAUUGAAUUUCAGAAACGAGGUCUACCGUAUGCACAUAUUUUGUUGUGGUUGCAUAAUGAUGACAAGCCCAAGACCCCAGAAGAAAUUGACAAGAUUAUAUGUCUUGAAAUUCCUGACGAAGAAACCGACAAAAAGAUGUACCAGUUGGUGGAGAAGUAUAUGAUACAUGGACCGUGCGGUCAGGCGAAUUUGAAAUCUCCCUGUAUGAAGGAUCGAGUUUGCACGAAGCGAUUUCCAAAGCCAUUUGUGCAACGAACUGAGUCAGAUACAUAUGGUUAUACUGUGUACAGGAGAAGGGAAGAUGGCAUAACGGUUAUGAAGAAAAAGACUACUCUUGACAAUGGUUUUGUGGUUCCGUAUAAUUGGGUAAUAUUGAGUAAAUAUAGAUCUCACAUUAAUAUAGAGCUAUGCAAUCAAAACAUGUCAAUCAAAUACAUGUUCAAAUACGCCAACAAGGGUCAUAAUCGAGUUACAACGGCAUUUUACGAAAGACGCAAUAUAGAUGGUUGUGCUGAGAUUCGUGACGAGAUAAAGAUGUACUACGAAUGUAGAUAUCUUUCGACAUGUGAGCUUGUCUUCAAUGAAAACAAGUCAUUAAAAAGUGUUUUGGAUAGGCAAUCUGCCAAGCAAAUGAUGUUCUUAGCGUGGUUUGAGGUAAACACAAGUUAUCCACAUGCCAGGGACUUGAGGUGUUACGAGGACAUCAGAAAAGUUGCUGACUACGUUUACCCUACGUUCAGGGAUGCGUGUUAUGUGUUGAGUUUGUUAGACGACAACAAAGAAUACAUGGACGCGAUAAGAGAAGUGAAUGCUUGGGCAUCUGGGGAUUAUAUAAGGAGGUUAUUUGCGGUUAUGCUGCUUUCCAAUAGCUUAAGUCGGCCCGAACAUGUUUGGCAAAGUUGUUGUUCGGGUUUGGCGGAGGGUAUUGCUUACAUAGAACAAUGGCUUCAUAAUAAUCCAGAUUUAUCUAUAUCGGAUGAAAGCUUGAUGAACUAUACUCUCACUAAAGUAGAGAAAAUAUUGCAAAGUAAUGGUAAAAGUCUACGUAAUUACGUGCCCAUGCCAUUUUCAAUUGAAUUCGCGGUGGAGGACACAAUAAACAUAUUGGUCUUAGAUGAACUGGAUUACGACGGUUUGAAAUGGGUAAAGAACUUCAACGUCCGUUCCAAGGGAGAGAUUGUAAUUAAUGUUGCAUCGAGUGGUAUAUCAUCGUUAUUGCUCAUCGGUGGAAGAACAACUAAUUUUCGAUUUCGACUUCCCAUAACUGUACACGAGACUUCCACCUACAGCAUAACGCAACAAAGUCCACAGGUGGAGUUGAUGAUUAGGGCUAAGCUUAUUAUGUGGAACGAGGCUCCUAUGAUGCAUAUGAACUGUUUUGAAGCGCUUGACACGACAAUGAAGUCUAUUUUACAGGUAGACAAACCGUUUGGAGCUUCGCUAGAGAUUCCCGAUGACAUGUUGAUUGGUGAUUCAGAAGAUCUAUUCAGAGACCUACUGAACUUCGUCUAUCCUGAUUUGUUGAGUAACAUGUAUGAUCCAGAUUAUUUUCAAGGGAGGACAAUUUUUGCACCAACUAAUGAACGCGUCGAGUCUGUGAACGAUCACUCGAUGUCUCUCCUUCCAGGUGAGGAGAAGGUGUACCAGAGCUCAGAUAGUAAGUGUAGGGACGAGCGAACAACGGAUCGGAGGAUAAUGCAAAAAUCUAUUCGACUGAAUUUCUCAACACAAGAAGUUGCUCGGGGGUUCCUUCUCAUGUAUUGA